GAUACACAUUCUGCAUCUUUCUAUCCGAACUAUAUAAAUAUAUUAACGACGAAGAGGGACUCGUUAAUAUCGAUUCGGGAACGACACGACCCGUAUAAUAGGAAGAAAAUCCAUCAGGGACACCGUUCGGGCGGCCCCGACGAGCGGGCGGGCGGGCGGGGGGGCAGAGUCGGUGAUGCCGCGAUGGCGUCGCGGCGCGUGACGCGCAAGUGGGAGGUGUUCGCCGGCCGCAAUCGGUUCUGGUGCGACGGCCGCCUCAUGACGGCGCCCCACCCGGGCGUGUUCGUGCUCACGCUCGCGCUCAUCUGCAGCACGUGCGCGCUGCACUUCGCGUUCGACUGCCCGUUCCUGGCGGCGCGCGUGUCCCCCGCCGUGCCCGUCGCGGGCGCGGCGCUGUUCCUGUUCACGAUGUCGGCGCUGCUGCGGACCGCGCUGUCGGACCCGGGCAUCAUCCCGCGCGCCGCCGCCGCCGAGGCCGCGGCGCUGGAGGCGGGCGCGGGCGCGGGCGGGGGCGGGGGCGGGGGCGCGGGCGCGGGGGAGGCGGGCCGGCCGCCGCCGCGCGCGCGCGAGGUGCUGGUGCGCGGCCGGCCCGUGAAGCUCAAGUACUGCUUCACGUGCAAGAUGUUCCGGCCGCCGCGCGCCUCGCACUGCUCGCUGUGCGACAACUGCGUGGACCGGUUCGACCACCACUGCCCGUGGGUGGGCAACUGCGUGGGCAAGCGCAACUACCGGUACUUCUACACGUUCGUGGUGUCGCUGUCGUUCCUGGCCGUGUUCGUGUUCGCGUGCGCGGUGGCGCACCUGGCGCUGGAGGCGCGCGGGGCGGGGCUGGGCGCAGCGCUGCGCGCGUCGCCGGCCUCGGCGCUGGUCGCCGCCGUCUGCUUCCUCUCCGUCUGGUCCGUGCUCGGCCUCGCCGGCUUCCACACGUACCUCGCCUCCACCGACCAGACCACCAACGAAGACAUAAAAGGGUCGUUCUCGACGCGGCGCGGCGUCUCGAACCCGAACCCGUACUCGCGCGGCAACGCGUGCGCCAACUGCUGGCACGUGCUGUGCGGGCCCCUCGCGCCCAGUCUCAUCGACAGGCGGGGCGUCUUCACCAUCGACGUGAAGGAUGAGUUGCCGGCGAGCUUCGCGCGCGUCCUCGCCCCCGCGGCCGCCUCCCCCGCCCCCGCCCCCGUCCCCGCGCCCGCCCCCGCCCCCGCGUCGGCGGGCGAGGGCGCGUUGGCGGGGGGCGGCAGCUACACCAACCUGUUCGAGGCGGGCGACGGGCCGGGCCUGGCGCGGCACGCGUACGCCAACCGCAGCCUCGACCUCGACCCGGUGCCGCUGCACGGUGAGUGUCGAGGGGCUCCCGGACCGAGGAUAGUUUUACAGCAUCGAAUCUCAUGAAUUUUGCAGUUAAUUUUUUUGGAUGGUCCCAUAUCCGUUCGCAAAAAGUUUAAGGCGUGACGUAUGAAACGUGCGAGUGUUGAUUCGUUCGUCGUUCGCAGAGGUGCGGCCGGGGGCGGGCGGGCUGAGCGCGUCGCGGCUGCGGCUGCUGCACGACACCACCAUGAUCGACGCCGCGCUCGACCUCGACGAGCCCGACCCGCCGCCGCACCUGCCGCACGCGCCGCACGCGCCGCACGCACCCACCGCGCCGCACGCGCCGCACGCCGCGCGCGCCGCCGUGGCCGCGCUCUGACCCCGCGCUAGUCGCGCUAGCGCGUGGCGUCGCCGCCGCCGCCGCCUCCGCCUCCGCCGCCCCCCGGAAGGCCGCUCUCUGCUCCGUCCCGCCGUCGACGAUCGGCGUAGGAAGAUAGAGACGCGUCCCCGGCGGGACCC